AUGGUGAAGGUCGAGCCAUUCGCAGUAGAGCAAGCCACCAGCCCCAUCUCGCUUUCCACAAAGCUGACCUAUGGCGCGAUCAGAGGGUCAGAGGAGCUACGAGGCCAUCUAGCGCGUGUAUACUCUGCAGAGGCACUGAGGGGGCUGCCGCAUGAUAAUAUCUUGAUUACCUCGGGCGCUAUCCAGGCCAAUUUCCUCCUGCAUUAUGCCUUGGUUGGGCCCGGAGACCAUGUCAUUGUCCACUAUCCGACAUACCAGCAGCUGUACUCGGUGCCGGAGUCUGUUGGAGCGGAGGUCAGUUUGUGGAAAGCGAGGGAAAAUGAUGGCUGGACACUCGACACAGAAGAACUGAAGAGUCUGAUUCGCCCCAACACCAAAUUAAUCGUCUUGAACAAUCCCCAGAACCCGACAGGCGCAAUCAUACCUCGUUCUACAUUGGCAGAAAUCGUCAACAUAGCGCGAAGUCAGUCGAUCACAAUUCAUGCUGACGAAGUCUACCGCCCCAUCUUCCACGGCGUAUCUCCUGCAGAUUCUGAUUUUCCGCCCUCAUUGCUCUCUCUCGGUUACGAGAACACGGUUGUGACGGGCUCCAUGUCCAAGGCAUACAGCCUCGCUGGUAUCAGAGUUGGAUGGAUCGCCGCGCGAAACAAAGCCAUUAUCGAAAAAUGCAUGGUCUGUAGAGACUACACCACGAUAUCAGUCAGUCAACUGGACGAUGCCGUUGCAACGUAUGCAUUGGCCCCGCACACAAUCGACAAUCUGCUGCAUCGGAACAUCCAGCUGGCAAGGAAGAACCUGGAGAUACUAGAGAAAUUCGUUGAGGCCCACACAUGGGCCUGUGAAUGGAUAAAGCCACGCGCUGGCACGACGGCCUUUGUAAGAUUUUCUAGGGACGGGCGUCCCGUGGAUGACGUUGCUUUUUGUAAACUUUUGCACGAUAAAGUCGGAGUGCUGGUGGUGCCUGGCAGUCAAUGCUUUGGGCGCGAUGGGGAUUUCCAGGGAUAUGUGCGUGUUGGCUAUGUGUCGGAAACCGAGGUGCUCGAACAGGGGCUGGCAAAGCUGAGCGAAUUCAUGAGAGCAGGAUAUGUCGACGAUGUCCCGCUGGCUCGGUAA